AUGGCUUCUUUCGUCUUUCGUCAUCCACCAACAGACCCGACAAAAACAUUAGUCCAUAUGCCAGGAUACCCGAUUGAGGCACCGCCAAUCUUCACAGCCGUCGCAUCCUCAAAUAAACAUGUCAUGGUUUAUGGAGGCUGGGGCGCUGGUCCCCAAGAUAUCAUUGGGAACUCCAAAAUUCACGUCGGCUGGUCGAAAAAGAAAUUCAACAUAAUCCUACGCGGACAUCCCUUGACUAUGAGGGUCGAUUCGAAUAACAACUUGGUCAUUGAAGAUUCACCUAUGGGGAAAAUCAAGUGGAAGCGCGACUGGAUGGGCAAGCUUUCGAAGAUGGAAUGCGCUGGCAGCGAGAUCGCAUCCCUUGGAACAGACCCUAUGACACAGGAGAAAACCUUGAGAAUCGCCCGAAGAGAUGAUAAUGGAUUUUUGGUUGAACUUGCUGUUAUUUCCUAUAUGGCAUACAGAGUGGAACAUGCAAAGGGAAUAGCCGACCUUGGUCAAGCAGGCGAGGUGUUCGGUGGGGCCAUGGGUGCUGCUUAG